CAAUCAUGCUCAGCCUCAUUAGAUUACCACGAGUCUUCACCAUCAACCAAGUACCCAAAGUUUUCCACGAGGACAGCAUCAUCUCUGGGUACCGACACCCCCGCAGCUCAGCCACCGACUGCGUCCUGAGCCUGUUCCAGCUGACCAAUGAGACGCUCAACAUCUGGACACACUUUUUACCCACAUGGUACUUCCUGUGGAAACUCGUGACGGUGGUCCUGAUGCAGACGGCGUGGCAGGACUCCUUCACUUGGCCUCUGGUCAUCUUCCUGCUCUCGUGCUGCAUUUAUCCGCUGGCGUCCAGCUGCGCUCACACCUUCAGCAGCAUGUCGGCACGGGCUCGCCACAUCUGCUUCUUCUUCGACUACGGUGCCCUCAGUUUCUACAGCCUGGGUUCCGCGACCAUCUACUCAGCUUAUGUUUUCCCGGACAAGUGGGUGAACGGCGUCUUCCACCAUUGCUACAUCCCCUUCGCUGUGUUCAACACGCUCAUCUGCACAGGCCUGGCCUGCUACUCCAGGCUUGGUUUACCAUUUCUACAGUAUAAUCAUGACACCAUGAUGAGAUUUCCAGAGUUUCAGAGUCCAAAGUUCAGCAAACGUCUUCGUGUGGUUGCCUUUGCCUACACCUACCUGUUCGUCAACAUUCCUCUGUUCUACAGGGUGUUCCUGUGUGUAGGAGACGGAUGCACAGACAACGACACCAACUUCCUCCACUACAACCACAUCGCCCUGGCCUUCCUCACAGGCUUCCUGUUUGCCACGCAUUUACCUGAGCGCCUGGCACCGGGCAGCUUCGACUACAUCGGUCACAGCCAUCAGCUCUUCCAUGUGUGCGGUAUCCUCGCCACCCACUUCCAGAUGAAGGCUGUGGAACAGGACAUGGCGACACGACGCCCUUGGCUCCUCGAGCACUCCAUCCCCAUCACACUUUCCAACUCACUGGGUGCGGCGCUGCUUUGUAUGCUGGUGAAUUUGAUUAUCAUCGGCCUCUACAGUCUCCCGCUCCUCUCUGCACCAGUCUGCCAAGAAAAUAAAUAUAGUAAGAGUCUAAAUAAAGUCCAGCACAAGGUCUGCAGUUGCAGCUAAACCUCCAGCUUCGCGAACCAUCGCUGUGGGAUCCCAGCUGUUCACAAGACACAUGUGAAAUGAGUGCAUUAUGGGUGAUUUAAAAACUCUGUGAGGACAACUCCAGAACCAAGAGGGGCUGAAUGUUUAAAUGGUUGAUAGAUUGCAGUCUGCACUAAACCUGUCCGGGUGUUUGGCCGUCAGACAUCAUGUGGAGGGUAAACUGACAAUAAAACCAUCACUUGCACAGAUAUGUAAUUUGAAUUUGACAAACAUAGUUGUUACCAUAAUAUGUGUUUCUAAGGAAACUUAUCACAAUGAUGAUUUAUAGAACUUGUGCUUGGACUAUAAGGAAGUGUGAGAGAAAAAUAUCAAGACAAAUGAGGCAGUUAUGAUAA